AAACGUGAGAGAGGAAACGAAAAGCUCUUGCAGGAAGAGCCUUAAUUAUUAUACGUCUGGGUGGGACCCAACUUCAAACAGCGAGAGGAUCUGGAAAAGAGUCUAAACGAUAACAACAUUCCACACAUUCCAGCGUGCUUUGCGUCUGGCAACUCGCUCGAAUCCUUCGAUUAGUUGGAGCGGAUACCUGUGAAACAAUCAAGCUAUUUUGAUUUUGACGAACAGAAGUCUGUACUUAUGCGACGAGAAAAGCCCGUCAUAAACAUAAGACUGGUCACGACAUUCUCUUAGGCUAUAUUAAGUGCUCUCGGAUAAGAAGGUAUGACUGAGUUUGUCCUACAUGAGGCGGCAGUUAAUGGCGAAUACCAGGAGCUCGAGAGCAUGUUAAUGAUCCACAGAAUAGAUGUCGAUCAUAAAGAUGAAGACUUUGGCGAUCGUACAGCGCUCCACUGGGCAGCCUCCAAAGGGCACGCCAAGUGUGUCAAACUUCUUUUGGAAUACGGUGCUGAUCCUGCCACACGUAUGGUGGGAGGCUGGACACCGGCCCACUGCGCGGCGGAAACUGGACGCUCAAAUGUACUCAAGAUCUUAAUCGAACACCAGGCCCCUGUUAUGAUUGCGGAUAACUCGGGGGACACGCCCAAGAGGGUAGCGGAAAUAUACGGACAUACAGCAUGUACUGAACUUCUUGAAAGCGCCGAAGAGUCGUCAGUCCAAAAACAGCUCCUUAUUAGAGACAAGUUCCGCUCCAACACAAGAAAAAUUUCACGUAUUGUGGCUGAGAAAGGCUUGGAAGGUCUGCAAGGAAAAGUUACAGAUGUAGCAAGUUAAGUUUUUGGUGCCAUGUUGGUUUGUGAUCGAUUCUCUUGAAUUCCCGGUAUGUAGGUGAUGUAGACCUUGUCGUAAAUGGCAACAUGGGAUUCUACGCGAGACAUUUCGCGCGAGACACGUCCCGGUCACGCACGAAUUGGGGCGAUUUUAGACGGAAUAUAAUCGCACCUUCGCAAUGCAAAAACUCGAGUAUACGUAAGAAGGUGGACACGAUUUAAGUUUAGAAUUGUACUAUCUUGUCAUGGACCUCUGAGAAAGUUGGAUCUGUAUCCUUGACAUUUGUGCAACCAACCUUUAAAAAGUGUUGUUGUGAAUAAAUAGGUUCACAAUUUCA